AGUCACUUGAGUUCGUUCGCCUGGUCAAGAACAGCGGAGAAAAGAAAGCGAAGCGAGGAGAGAGUGCGAAGCGCGAAGAAUCCCGGCGUAUCCGUAUCCCAAAGAUCAGUAGAUCCAAAGUUUCCGUCGCAGUCUCGCGAAUUCCAGUAACCCAAAUUCCCGAACCACACCAAAACAUGUGCCUUUCAUCCCCAAUUCCCGGCCAAAAACAGGGGCAGGCUGUGGGCCACUGCAACGGAUCCUGCAGCCUGGACAGGAAUGGCAAUCGCACAGCAGCCACCAGUGUUCCGAACGCAGGAGAGCUGAAGCACAGAACCCAUGCCACAGAAGCUACAUCACACACCCUUAUCACAGAUGAGGACAAUCUUGGAUACAAGGAGGAGAAUGCUGUCUACAAGGAGAACGCCCUCGAGCAGCAGAAGUUGCUGCAGGCACAGGAGCAGAAGCUAAAGGAUUCCCAACAGGAGGAGGAGGAGGAGUACCACCCACAGAUCAGAUGGCCAGAUUUGGGAGCUCAGGCUUUCCUACACAUCGGGGCCCUUUAUGGAUUAUACCAGCUCUUCUACGCGAACUUCUACACAUUCCUCUGGGUGGUGGUCACCGUUUGGGUCUCAGGAAUUGGAAUAACGGCGGGAGCACAUCGUCUGUGGUCGCACAAAUCCUAUACGGCAUCGCUUCCCCUGAGGAUUCUGCUGGCAUUUGCCUUUUCGAUUGCCGGCCAGAGAGAUGCCUAUACGUGGGCCCUAGAUCAUAGGAUACAUCACAAGUUCUCGGAAACCGAUGCCGAUCCGCAUAAUGCCAAACGUGGCUUCUUCUUCGCCCACGUGGGCUGGCUCUUUCUCACUCCCCAUCCCAAGGUGGUGGCCAAGAGGAAGGUCAUUGACAUGUCUGAUCUGGAGGCUGAUGCCGUUUGCAUGUUCCAGAGGAAGUACUACAUCCCCCUCUUCGCCCUGUGCUCUAUCAUCCUGCCGGUGGCUGUGCCCUGGUAUUUCUGGAACGAGGACCUCUGGAUGUCCUUCUGGAUCAACUUCAAUAUGCGAUUCACUUGGACCCUCAAUGUGGCCUUCUUCGUGAACAGCGUGGCGCACAUGUACGGCAACAAGCCGUACGACAAGAACCUUAUGUCCACUGAGGCUCCCAUUGUCUCCCUGCUGGCCAUGGGAGAAGGAUGGCACAACUACCACCAUGUCUUCCCCUGGGACUACAAGACGGGCGAGUUUGGCAACUACAGCCUCAACAUCACCACUGGUUUCAUCGACUUUUGCGCCUGGCUGGGCCUGGCCAAAGGACGUAAAUCUGUAUCCCCCGACAUGGUCUUGAGGAGAGCCAGGAAAUGCGGAGAUGGAACACGCUUCCUGGACGACGAGUUUGCCCACAAGGAUCAGGUGUGGGGCUUCGGGGACAAAGACAUUCCCCGCGAGGAUAUCGUAGAGCUGGCCAAGAUGCAAAACUAAGCGAGGCCAUGUAUUAUGUAUUCAGCCUGUGGUUUUCCUAGUAUUAAGUUUGUAGCACCAAGCCAUGCCUUAUGCUCUGUUUACACGAUCUGGGCCUUCAUUUGAGACUUUUAGAGAUUUCCAAUGAACACUCAGACCCUUUGAACUAGACAUUUGACCCAUCAACCAUCCCAUCCCACCCCAGAUCACUAGGAUCGUCGUGUAGGGACGCUAAUCUCCCAUCGUUGCUUUCGUUACUUACCUGCGGGUCAAUAAACUAUGUUUUGUAUUAUAA